AUGAUCACUGGGGACAUCAAUGAAGCCAUCCAAGACCUCAACCUCGUAGUUCCGCACGAAACAUUUUACAUUCUAGAGAACUUUCUGAUGGAGACAAUGGGCUAUAAGAAAAUCACGGAAGCCUGCCAUCCUGCUAUGGUUAGUGUUGUCGAACACUUUGGUAAAUAUGCAUUCCAAUCUCGCUGGGUCACGCUGGCAUGUCCAAAGACUCACAUGCAUGUAUUACACCUCAUCCUUCAUGCACCAACCACCGCGGACAUGGUAUAUUUGACGACAGGAGGUGUCACAUGCUUUUAUCCGCAGUGGAUGCGGCAGCAAAUCUCAAUUCACAGCCAUACUGGUGACCUUGUGCCAUGGGACAAUAAGCUGGGUUGCGCAGGAGAAAUCCAUUCUAGUCUAAGGGUCGAGAGCAACAUGGAUUUUCUCCAAGGCCCUUGCGGCAACCGUUGUCCUACACUGUGGCAUCACAUCAGCGACAAAUAUCUCCGUCAAUCAGUUGACUGGGACAUGACAGACAGUGUCACUCACACCUUUUAUGACAUCAACGUUGAAUGGCGAUUGAACACUUAUUGCUUGAACACGGCAUGUCGCUUUUGCAGAUCCAUAAUGGGGUCAAAUCUAGAAAAUGCUGGGGCUGCCAAUCGUGCUGACGUCAAGUAUAUUCCUCAAGAAAUCAAGUGUCGGAGACCAAGGUUCUCGCAGGUCUUCCAGGUGAUUGACGGGGUGAAGAAGACGACUCUCAACAACUUAUAUGUUCACUAUUGGGUAAAACAACGAGAAUUCAAUGCGCUCACCUCGCCCCGACAACACCUACACCACACUUUCACGAGCUUGCCACAUUUCGAAUACAAGCUUGACAAUCUGUACACCAUCUAUUUUGAAAAGCCAGAAAACCACUCUACCACAAACCAUUUGUUAGAGCACAUGGCGUGCAUGUCAGGAAUGUCUACAUCCAUCAAAGGCACUGUCCUGGUGGUCAAACAGAUGUUAUCAACAGACUCACCUGUCGUCAACAUGGAUAAAGACGACAUGUUACUCACAAAUAUGAUGCUUGGCUGGUGA